AAGGCCGGGCGGGUGAGUCAGCCGGAUCGGAUCCGUCCACGGCGCCACUCGCCCGCUUUGCCUUCCUCCCAAGGCUUCCAGCCUUCCUGGCUCUGCCCAUCGAACUCUAUUGCUUUUGCCACGCCCCCAGCAAGCCCCAUGACUGGCCCUUCACAUGUUAGCUGACCCUUUGCUUGCUUCUGGCUUGCCCUGGGGUGGCCACUGUUUGCUCUCGCUCGCUCGUACUUUUGGCAUCGGUCGACUCACGGCGGCGAUCUCGACACCCCAAGGCCAUCGUACUAUGAUAUCGCUUCAGGCUGACCCCGAUGGACGGACGGUCAUUGGCCCCGAUGACCAAGGUCCAUUACAUGCUUAUCUACUUAUCUGCGGACUGUUAUCUCCAGGGCAUCGUGGGACGUGGGUAGCGUGGGAGGCCGUGAUUAUCGAGCACUAGUGCGGUGGACCUCGCGGUUGUUCCUCCCGUGGGGCCGAAACGUGCUUGAGAACCAGGACGGAGCAAUCAGCAACUACCGCUGGAGUACAGAGG